AUGGCUCUCGGUUCAAUGCCCGGGGAAAUUAUCCUCCAAGUAGUAUCUUACCUGAACACCCACGAUCUUUCCCAGUUGGUCCUCGUAUCAAAGGACUACUACUCACUAUUUGUUGCCGUUCUUUAUAACCGAGUCAGCCUUCCCCUCAAUACUUAUUGGAAUGACGCUUUCAGAAUUGUGGAUGGGGAUGAGAGAAACCCCGUGCGGCGAUUCACCCAGGCGUUGAUUGAGAACCCACGUCUCGCUCCCUUGACCCGCUCCUUGACUCUGUAUCCCAGUGACUGUCUCAAAGAGCAGAGUCGCACAACUCCACUACCAGCCCUGCCGGAGGAGAAAUAUCGCGCGUUCAUGUUGCCGUACGGCGAUGCGAAGCGCAAGCAUCGACGCAAGUAUCACGCUUGGCGAAGGGAUCUCCAGCUCCAUCAAGAACGGCAAGACAUGUACCGAGAUCCGUGGAUUUACGAGGAUGCCUGGCUGGCAUUGCUGCUGGUCCAAGGAUACACCACCCACUCCGAGCGAGUGAUUCAGUGGGCGAAGAACCCCGAGCUCGGGAUCCUCACGCGCCUCGCCCGGGUGUCCCUCCGCGAUGGGCCGGUAUGGCACUGUGAUGGAGGGAUCGAAGCCGUGCCGCUCAAGCGAAUGCUGCCCUAUCUCCGCAUCCCCUCCGUCCGCAAACUCUACAUCUGCAACCCAGGCGACAGUCCACUACCCCGCAAACUGCGCCAUGAUCCAGCGGUGGCGUUAUCGCUGACGCACCUCGACCUGGAAGGACCGCACGAUACCCUGUCCAGCCUCCCUCGCCUCCUCAAAUGGUGUCCGCACCUCGAAUCGCUCACGAUCGAGGUGGAUCAGUGCUGGGGCUGGCGGGGCUGGAUUGACGUCUCACAGCUCUACCGGCCUCUCCAAAGAUCUCGAUCCUCACUCCGCCACCUCAGCAUAGCCCUGGCCCGCCACGGCCUCGAAACUCCACAGGACGCGGAGCACCCCAGCCCCGUCUUCUUCGGUGACCUCACCGCAUUCCCCAUUCUGCACACCGUGCGCAUGCGAUGGGCCAACCUACUCCCCUUCUUCCACAGCACCCACGCUCUGCAACCUGCGACCCCUCUGCGAACCCUUCUCCCGCGCUCGCUGCAGAGCCUGUUCAUCGAAGACUGCCUGAUGCAGGCCUCGUGGGCGCUGGCGGAGGAACUCGACGAUUUGCUCAUGUACCGCCGCGACGAGGACGGGCUGCCGUCGCUGCAACGCCUUUUUCUGCAAUUUGCUCCGACCGAGCGCCACAGCGCUGGAAGAGAUGCGCUAUCAUCAUCAUCAUCAUCGAAAAAGAAGAAAGAUCCGGACCCGCACCUGUUCGCUUGGGAGAACCGCCUGUGUGGGCUGCAUGGAGGGGUUCGGGGCGUUGGGGGUGUUCCUGGGGGUGAUCGAGCGCGGCGCGAGCGUGCCCUUCCCGCCGGACGGGGCGCUGAGGCAUGA